CUGGUAGAGACAAUAGAGUGAGGUAGUACGUAUUUGUCAAACGUAAUCAAAUUGCCCGUAUAACGACAGGCAACCAUAGAACGUGGAAGACUUUGUGUGGAUGUAACUUUAGCUAAGUGAAGUGCAUUAAGCAAAACAGAUCAGUGCAAAAGAGGUCAAAUAAAUUUUACACACUGUGAGGGAAAUUGCCAGUUAAAGUGUGAACCCAUGGCUACAGUAAGAUCAGCAAAUCCAGCACCAAUGAUUGGACUGAACAAGCCAGCAAAUAUGCAACUCAGAGGACAGCCCAAGCCAGCUGGACCACAAUCAGGACGCCCUUCAACAGGCAGGCAACCCAUUGGCCCAGAGGAAAGGAGCAGCAUUCCCCAGUGUAGUGGGGGCAUCAAGUUUGGUGAUGACUGGAAGAAGUUCUUGGAGCUUCCUCCAAAAGACAACAGGGUGAAAACUUCGGAUGUGACUUCAACAAAAGGAAAUAAAUUUGAAGACUGCUGUCUUAAACGGGAACUUCUAAUGAGAAUUUUUGAAAUGGGAUGGGAGAAACCCUCCCCUAUCCAGUGAAAUAAUCCUAUCUACAUAUGCUGGAGGCGUCACAGUCAGCCAGAGACACUUAAUGGUGCUUCCACCCUCAGCCAUAGUCAUGGUACCAACAAGAGAGUUGGCCCUGCAGGUGAGCCAGAUGAGCAUUCAACUAGGUAAGCAUCUAGGAGGGCUCAAGAUCAUGGCUACUACAGGUGGCACCAACCUCAGGGAUGACAUCAUGCGUCUUGAUGAGACAGUGCAUUUAGUGAUUGCUACACCAGGCAGGAUACUAGACCUGAUCAAGAAGGGUGUAGCAGAAGUGGAUAAGAUCCAAAUGAUGGUGAUGGAUGAGGCAGAUAAGCUGCUGUCUCAGGACUUUGUGGUGCUGAUUGAAAAUAUUAUUAGUUUUUUGCCAAAGGAUCAUCAGAUCCUGCUUUACUCUGCCGCCUUACCCAUCAAUGUCCAUAAAUUUAUGCGCAAUCACCUACAGAAGCCUUAUGAGAUCAACCUGAUGGAAGAACUGACCUUAAAGGGUAUCACCCAAUACUAUGCAUAUGUGACUGAAAGACAGAAGGUCCACUGUCUGAACACGCUCUUUUCUAGGCUUCAGAUCAAUCAGUCUAUUAUCUUCUGUAACUCCACCCAGAGGGUUGCGCUUCUAGCCAGGAAGAUCACCCAGCUGGGCUCAUCAUGCUUUUACAUUCAUGCAAAGAUGAUGCAGGAGUACAGGAACCGCGUGUUCCAUGACUUUAGGAAUGGAUUGUGCAGAAACCUGGUCUGCACAGACCUGUUCACCCGGGGAAUUGACAUCCAGGCAGUAAAUGUGGUCUUCAAUUUUGACUUUCCUAAAAGUGCAGAGACCUAUCUACACCGCAUUGGCCGAUCAGGACGUUUCGGUCACCUGGGUCUGGCCGUUAAUCUGAUAACUUCAGAUGACCGCUACAACCUGAAGACUAUUGAGGAACAGCUGGCUACUGAUAUUAAGCCCAUCCCCAGCAGCAUUGAUAAGAGCCUGUACGUGGCAGAGUUUCACUCCAUUGAUGGCGACUGCGACGAGGGAGCCAAAAACAAGGACAUGGGACCAUCAGGAAACAAAUGGUCAGUUCUUUGAAAAGCUCAAAACCUGGCUGUGACUGAAGAUGGACCUUCUGAAGUUAAAUGUUUUUUUUUUCUUUUUUUUUUUUCUAAGACAAGUUAAAGCAGAAUUAUUUUUAUCGGUCACUGAUAAAUUCUGUGAGGUAGGGUCAUUCUUUGCUCUUGAGUCCUUGUCCACACAGGUUACACCUUGUGUUUUUCAGUUGCCCAUCUGACACCAAAACAGUGUUGAGGGGUUAUGGCUGGUGUUAAAGUGUAAAGUUGUGUCAUCAGUGGCCAGUGAGGAAGGAGCAGGUUAAUAGUUAUUUACUUUGGCAAAAUAGAACAAAUGCAAAGGUAAAAUUGGUGAAACUUUAAAUUUCCUCAUUCUGCUCCAGUGAGUUUAGGCAUAAUAAAUAACUGCAAACUGGACAUUAAAUUAAUACACAGUGUAUCUGUAACACUGAAGACAACCGGAUUCUAGCUUCAAGGAGAGCAAAUACUAGCAACCUUGUAAAUGGAUAGUAUCCUGUUUUAUCAAGAGGAUUAACUGAAGUAUUGCAGGAUUUAAAGGGGAGGGUUAAGGGCUGUCCUUCUGCACAACAGCAGUCAACACAGAUUUGGACAGAGAUUCUCAGUAUACACAGCCAGCUGUCAGCUCUGCAGCUUUGCUAAAGCUAUCAGAAAUUCUAACUGCUUUUGUGGUUUGUUUUUUAGGAGAAACAUGGUGCCUGCCAUUCAUUUCCCCUUUGCUGGCUAUGCUUCAUGUAGUUAUUAUUAUUUAAGUCUGUCGUUAGUUUCAGCCACCCUCAACAAUAGAUGGAAGUCAUUGCCUUUUUGUAUGUUGCUGUAAAAAAAAAAAAAGUGAAACCAAAGUUCGAGAUAAAGGAUAUAGCCCAGCUCACAUUCCUCCUGUGCACAUGAAUUACAUAUGGCACUGUUAACAUCCUGCUGAUAUGACUUUUGAGUAGCUGGUUUAAAGAGAAACUGCACUUAAAAAGAAUUCUGAAUUCAAUCGACACUUGAAUAGACACUUUUUUUUUCUUUUUAAUGUCUAGAUCAAACCCUACCUUUUGCUCUUAGAAAGGCCUGAAUUCAGAUUCACCAAGACGCAGGAAACAUUGCUUAGAGACAGGUUCAUGUUGACAUGAUUGCCUCACCUAUUGCUGCCCAUUCAUCCUGCAGAUUUUGUUUUAUAAGAUGUCAUUCUACUGGAAAUGGCCAGUAGAAGAUGGUUUGACUGUGGCCAUAAACUCACAUGUGGUCAGCAGCAAUGUUCUGGCAUUUAAACUGUGCUGUCCUUUGUUUCGGCUUGAACCAGUCUGACCAUUCCCUUCUAACCCCUAAAAUCCAUCAAGGUCAUUAACAACAAUCAUUCCAGUCUGUCAUUGGGGUUACAUUUCUUUCUCACUCUGUUGUUGGUUUGAAUCUUUUGAUCAUAUCCCUGCAUACUUUUCUUCAUCAAUAUUUGCACAAACAAGCAGGUUUACCUCAUAAUGUGGCCACUGAGUGUAGUGGUUUUUGUAGCUUUGACCAUCAGUCCUCUUGGAUCAAAGGAUCUUUUCCCACCGACCUUACUGAGAUUUAGGGUUGUAGCAAUAAAAUCAGGUGGGCUGGAGACGUAUUCCUUGUUCACCAGUUUAUUUGUGAUAACAUCCUUCAAAUGGGACCCAGAGUUGGAGGAACAGACAGAAGCAUGAUUCAAGUUAGACUAUCGAUAGCUUCAGUAACCAAAAUGACUUUGCUUUGAAGGAUGUUUAGAGGAGAGCUACUGUGGUGCUCCAACACAGAGCACUUGACUAUUACUGAAAAUGACCUUUUUGUAUUAAAGUAUUCACUGCAGAAUUGAGGUAUUUAAAAUUGACAGUGUAAAGUUGUGGACACUCUAGUGCCUUUUGUCAAAGCCAUAGCACCACCAUCAUCAUCAUCAUCAUCAACUUUAUUUAUAUAGCACAUUUAUCCCAGUCAUAGCUGCCCAAAGUGCUUAACACAAUGACACAUAACAACCGUAUUAAAAGCCAUAGCACCAGGCAGGAUUUUCUCAGGUCUUUAGGUUUUCAGUAAUUAACAUGAUGAGACAAGAGGGGCCUUAACAGUAAGUUGAAAUCAGCCUAGUUUCCAUGUUCAUUCUUCUAAUGUCAAACCUCUACUUUGCCCAGACCCUUAUACCAAGUUUUCAUUGAAGAUUAAAUGACACCCAGACAAUUCCAUUAUUGGUAAAUAUAAAGUUUAAAACCUUUUACACUGUGAUUUUUCUAUUGAUUCUUUGCCUGGUCAUUACAUUGACAAGCGCCAGCAGGGAGGAGACAUGCAUGUCUGCCUCUAAAGCAUCUGAAGAAGUAGUACAACAUUGAAACAUAUGUCAUGUCAUAGAAAACAUUUGAGAAAUUUUUCUGAGUGGUUUUGUAAUCUGAGAUAAUUUUGUCUUAUUACUGCAUUCUGGAGAAAUAAAUUCAUACAAGUUCAAAUGAAUUCAUAUUCAAUAUUUUUUUGUUAAAUAGAAAUAUGGCCAAUCAUUUUCUGAAAUGUGUCAUUGCCAGCACCAAAAAUAAAAGUCAGACUGGUUGAGACUUUGUGCUUUUAGUUUUCUCAUCUGUACACUUCAGUGUCUGUUUUUGUAAAUGGUGAUUUUGUGAUUGAAUUUAUCUUGUACAGUGCAGUGCAAAAGUUCUAAGCACUGAAAGUAAAAUAAUUCUGCCUUAAAAAGAAGACACAAAUUGUUUUAUCAGUUCAUACAAAGUGCACAAUACUUGGCAGGUAGGGUGUUCCAUGCACCUUGGAGAGCUUGUUAGCAUUCUUCUGUGGAUUUGGUCUGUCUCUGUGUUUUCUCUCUCCAUGUAAUCCCAGACUGACUCAUUGGUGUUGAGAUCGGGGCUCUGUAGGACCCAGACAGUCUAUUGCAUGAAUCCUUGUUCCAGGUGCCUCUCUGGUUGUAUUACACAAUGGAUAACAAUCUAAAUGUGUAAAGUGCUUAGAACCUUGGCACAGUACUGAAGCAGCCUGUUUCAGAAUACCAAUCAGUGUGGGAUUCAUGCUUCAGGCGUGGGAGUGGUUACAUAAUUUAUUUAUUUAUUUUUUUUACAAAAUUCUCAUCAACUUCACAAAUCUUGCAGUUCUUACAUGUAUUUUGUGAUUUAUACAGUUGGUCAUGUAAAGUUAGUGUAGUUCUAUUGUUUAAAAAAAAAGCUCCACAAAAAGCACA